AUGCCUUUCCUAACCCUUCCCGGGCGGCUGACCAUGGCCAGUUUGCAAAAUCAUCGCUAUGCAAAAUAUAUAGGCCCUACCGAUGAGCACGACUUUGCCCUGCUCGACCUUCGACUCUAUGAUGACAUCAAAGGAGAGAGUCCUGCCGACCAAGGUUCAUUCCGGAAAGUCGGCCCCAACGAGUUCUUCCACCAGUAUGCCGAUGCCGACUCGCCUAAUCAUUUCAGAGAGGUUGAGGAGCUCGACAACAUCGAACGGAUAGUUGCUCCUCACGGCGAAGCUCUAAUCAGACUCUAUUUCAGGAUCGUCCAUCCAAGUUUUCCCAUCUUACACAAGAAGGUCUACCUCGAAAAGUAUAGUAGAACGCACAGGGAAUUCUCGCCUCCAUUGCUGGCUGCGGUUUACAUCCUGGCAUUGAACUGGUGGUCGUACAGCGCCGAACUCGCAAAGCUCACCAAACCCGACGUCGCCGAACUGGAAGACAUUGCCUACCGGACAUUACAAGAUGUAUCCCAUCGAGCAAAGUUGUCCACAGUGCAGGCCGGGCUUUUACUGUUGCAACGUCCAAAUAGCAAUCAGGCGUGGCAGUUGACGGCCCAACUGGUGGCGAUUGGUCAAGAUCUUGGGUUACACCUUGACUGCUCCAACUGGCGAGUUCCUGCCUGGGAACGCGGACUACGCAAACGAUUAGCUUGGGCACUGUUCAUGCAAGAUACCUGGUCAGCUCUGAUAUAUGGCCGCCCUCCUCAUAUCGCAGCCGCCAAUUGGGCUGUGCAGCCUGUCAUCAGUAGCGAUUUCCCGGAAAGUGCAGCCGACGAAGAUGAGGAAGACGGUAGUGCGGAGGUCGAGAAGGGACGGACCUUGUUCAGCGCCAUGAUAACUCUUACCAAAAUGCUUUCUGACGUUCUGGAUGCACUAUACUCGCUACGGGCAGAGAUGGAGGUGAAGAAUUCGUACGACUCGACCAAGAUGAUACUGGAGAAAGCCAAACCGAUCCAACUGAAGCUACGAUCGUGGUACUCCGAAAUGCCCGAAGCCCUACGCAUGGAUAACACGCGAGUUGGAAAACUCAGCUCAGUCGGAUACCUGCAUCUAGCAUACUUUGCCACCGAGAUCACGCUACACCGACGAGUCCUGCGCUCCCUGUCCCACAACACCGACCCUUACAUGAUUCAGAUCUGCCGCUCAGCAGCAAAAGCCCGCCUGAUCAGCGCGAUGGACUUCUUCAACCGCCUGAAGCCCGAACACCUACAAUCAUUCUGGUAUUUCGCAUCGAAAUUCAAUUUCGCCCUCAUAGGUACCUUCGCCGGCCUCUGUUUCGUGACCUCAGUCAGCCAGGAGGAAGCCGAGUUCUACCAGCGCCGGCUCCAGGAAUACCGCUGGACGUUGCGGGUCUCGAACAAGAGUGCAGAGUUCCUGGAGAUCGCCAGCGGCAUUCUCGAGUCUGCGGUUGGCUCACUUCUGAAGGCUGCGGACACGAUCGACAGCAGGAGGUUGAGCUUUCCCAUGCUUGCGCAGGCGCAUCACUCCGAGGAAGAUGACACGACCAUGGAAACCCUCUUCACGGGUGCGAACGAUGAUUAUUACGAUACUCAUAUGUAUCCUUGA